GGGAGGUGGGGCUCAGAGGGGCGGAGAGCUGAUAAAUAACACGGUCACACACACUGAGGAACACUGCGUUUGAUCAGACACCAGAUCACUUCAACAGUACAGGAGCAGAGGUUUUGCAAAAUGGAGUCUCUUUCAAUGGCAAACACCAAUUUUGCGUUUCACCUGUUCAGCAAGAUCAAGGAAGGCAACAAAACCAAUAAUAUCUUCUACUCUCCUCUCAGCAUCUCUUCUGCACUGUCCAUGGUGUCUCUAGGAGCUGCAGGCAAUACGGCAACUCAGAUGUCUGAGACUCUACACCAAAACAAAGCCAAGGAUGACACCCAUGUCAGCUUCAACAAACUGAUGACUGAACUGAACAAAGCAGGAGCUCCGUAUACCCUCAGCCUGGCCAAUCGGCUUUAUGGAGAACAGAGCUACCAGUUUGUAGAGAAAUUUCUAAGUGACACAAAAACACACUACAAAGCUGAGCUGGAAACUGUUGACUUUAAAUCAAAUGCAGAAGCUUCACGUGUCAAAAUUAAUAACUGGGUAGAGAAACAAACUAAAGAAAAGAUCAAGAACUUGCUGGUGGAAGGAGUUGUUGACAAUUUGACCAAACUUGUCUUGGUGAACGCCAUCUACUUAAAGUGCAACUGGGAGAAGCAGUUUAAACAUUAUGACACAAAGGAGCAUCCUUUCAAAAUAAAUAAGAGAGAAACUAAACCAGUGCAGAUGAUGAAUCAGACAGCCAUGUUUCCCCUGGCCUUUAUUCCUGAGAUGCAGUGCAAGAUUCUUGAAAUGCCAUAUGAGGGCCAGGAGCUCAGCAUGCUAAUUAUGCUACCUGUUGAGAUUGAAGAUGAUACUACUGGCCUUGAGAAGCUUGAGAAACAUCUCACCUAUGAGAAGUUCACUGAGUGGACACGGCCCAAUAGGAUGAACACUGUGAUGGUGAAGGUGUCUUUACCGCGGUUCACACUGGAGGAAACCUAUGACAUGGAGGAACUGCUAAUCAGCAUGGGCAUGGUAGAUGCCUUUGACCCAGUCAAGUGUGAUUUUUCAUGCAUGUCUCCGAGUAGUGAUCUGGUGCUCUCCAAGGUUGUGCAUAAGUCAUUUGUAGAGGUGAAUGAGGAAGGCACUGAAGCAGCUGCGGCUACUGGAGGAGUGAUUCUACAGUGUUUAAUAAUUCCAUCAGAGCACUUUGUGGCUGACCACCCCUUUCUCUUUUUCAUUCAACACAAGACAACCCGAAGCAUUCUCUUUUGUGGCCGCUACAGCCCUCCUAAAUUGCCUAACUUGCAGGUAGACAGAUUGGGUACACUAAAUUGUCGCUAUUUGUGAAUGAGUGUGUGAAUGUAAAGGUGAGAGGUGAGCAGAUGACCAUUGAAACAUCUUUAGUCUUUCCCAAGUCACAGAAGGGAAAACAGCACAGUCUGCUCUUAGCUAAAUCAAAAUCUGACACAUGGAGCUACUGGAAAGCCAAAUAAGGAGCAUCCAUGAAGUGUUUCUAGACAUGGCCAUACUGGUAGAAGUAAAAUCAACAUAUAUAAUCAACAUGUUCAACCUUUGCUUAAGAAGCAAGGUUUGAAUGAAAGUUGUUUUAACAACUUUCGGCCUGUUUCAAAUUUAUCAUUUUUGUCAAAGCUUUUGGAAAAAGUUGUGCAACUACACUUGACCACAUUUUUAACUAGAGCUAACUUAUUUGGACCUCUUCAGUCUGGGCUCACUGCUUUUCAUAGUUCGGAGUCUGCUUUGCUUAAAGUGUUCAAUGACGUUCUUGUUGCAGUCGAUGCUGGUAAAAAUGCAGUACUGAUUCUUCUUGACUUUACUGCUGCCUUUGAUACCGUGGACCAUAAUGUUCUUAUUUGGCGUUUAGAACAUCUGUUUGGUAUCGGGGGCACUGCUUUGCAUUGGUUUAAUUCUUACCUUAAAGACAAGUCUUUUUCUGUGGAGCUAGGUCAGUUUUCUUCAUCAUCUGCCCCAAUUACUUGUGGUGUACCUCAGGGCUCUGUUCUGGGACCGCUUCUUUUUAAACUGUAUAUGCGCUCUUUGGGGGAUAUUAUUAGGAAGCAUAAUAUUUCUUUUCA